AUGAUUGAAACAGUGGAAUCCAUCAACAACUCCUCCAUGCUGAAUAAUCUCACGAUUGGCUACAAGAUCCUGGACACCUGUUCUGAUGCGACCAUUGCACUGCAGCACACUUCCUUCUUUAUUGACAGACAUUCUGGCAGCAGGUCCUCCAUGUUUCAUGGUGUUAUAGGGGAGUACCAUUCAGAGAUUACCAUGGCAGUGGGAAGGCUUCUCACCAUAGAGUAUAUGCCGCAGAUCAGUUAUGGUUCAACAACUGGGAUUUUGAAAGACAAAAAACGUUUCCCAACAUUCAGGAGAACUGUGCCUGAAGACGACCACCAGGCUAACGCAAUUGCGCAAAUUCUGCACUUCCACAACUGGACCUGGUUUGGCAUUAUAAGCACAGAUGGAGAUUAUGGCCGCUAUAGUGCAGACCUCCUUGAGAAUUACACCAAAGACCAAAAUAUCUAUGCAGCAUACCGCACUGUACUUCCUGAUAUUCUCAAUAACGAAAGAUUAGAGUCAAAACUCAAUGAAGUUAUCAAACAAAUUGAGAGCACCCCAGAAGUUCAAGUCAUUGUGUCUUUUGCCAAACCUGAACACAUGUCCUUAUUGUUCGAGAAACUCACUCCAAAUGCAUCUGGCCGUUUCUGGAUCGCUGGGGAUAGUUGGGCCACAUCAUUUGAAGUGCUAAAUAACCGAACCCUGAAGGAGGUUGGGGCCAUCCUCGGGAUCACCUUUUUGUCAGGGAAAAUCUCUAACUUUGAAAGCUUCCUAAAAAAUCUAGAUCUAAAUCCUGCUUCACAUCCAAACAACACCAUCCUGCAGCACUUCCUCAGACAAGAGAUAAACCAAAGUAAAUCCCCUGAAGAAAUAAGGGAAACCCUGCUGAAAAAUGUAUGCCCUCAUUCCGUGUUUAGUGUGGGUUUGGCUGUGCAGGCCGUUGCCAGUGCUGUUAAAGGCAUAUGUUCUAACAAAAUCUGCCAUGGUGGAUUAAAUAUUCAACCCUCAGAGCUAGUUGAGGCCUUGAAUAAAUCCAUGUUUACUAUGGAUAAUGAGACAUAUAGAUUCUGUGAAUCUGGAGACAUGAAGACUGGCUAUGAUGUCAUACUUUGGGAAGAGACAAAUCGAAAUCCCCAAAAAUUAAUCAACAAUGUGACACUAAAUUAUGUGGCCCGCUUCAUCAUUGAAAACGCAAAUGCCACGUUCCUGACUCAACGUUAUAUAAGUCAGGUGGACCACAUCACAAGCCGUGUGACUUCGCAGUGCUCUCCAAGUUGUCUCCCUGGGUUUAGACGGGUCUUUUUUGGUGGCAAACCCACCAGUUGCUUUAAGUGUGAGCCAUGUCCACCAAACACCUUUUCAAAUAAAACAGAUUCAAAUGAAUGUGAAAAAUGUUCAGAGAAACACUGGUCUCCUGAAAAUGCCACCCUCUGCACUUUGCAAAAAGACGUAUUCCUGUCCUGGAAUGAUUAUUACUGUAUCACCCUGCUAGUGUUUGCUUCUCUUGGUCUCCUGUUGACUCUGAUUGCGAUGCUUGUGUUCCUGGUGAACUGGACCACCCCAGUGGUCAUUGCUGCAGGGGGGCCCAUCUCCAUCCUUAUCUUACUGUCCCUGCUCGGGACAUUUACCAGCUCAAUACUGUUUGGUGGGAGACCAAAAUGCAUACAGUGCCAGAUUGGACAGGUGCUUUUCGGCCUUAGCUUCACCCUUUGUGUGUCCUGCAUCCUGGUCAAAUACUUCAAGAUACUGCUGGCAUUCAAGCCUAAUUCUGCCGUGAAACGUGUUCUGAAGAAAAUGUUCUUGCCCUACUGGAUCAUUGGCAUUUGCGUGGUGUCCCAGGGAAUAAUCUGUGGCCUGUGGUUGUGGAAAAGUCCGCCCCGAAUCUUUGAGAAUGUAGAGACACGGCCUGAACGGCUCAUACAGUGCGUUGAGGGGAGCUUCCUGUUCUUUGGACUCAUGCUGUCCCUGAUUGGCCUUCUGGCAUUGGUGUGCUUUGGGUUCGCCUUUCUAGGACGGAACCUGCCAGAAUGCUACAACGAGGAAAAGUGCAUCAGCUUCAGCAUGCUCAUCUACAUCAUCAGUUGGAUAGUCUUUGUACCCAUUUACGUGAGCAGCACUGCCUCUGUGGUCAAGUACAAAACCGCCUUGCAGAUGGUGGUGAUGAUCAUCUCUGCAUAUGGGAUUCUCCUCUGCCACUUCAUGCCCAAAUGUUACAUCAUCUUGUUUAAGAGGAAGCACAACACCAAAGAGGCGUUCAACAGAGGCGUUCGGGAGUUCAACAAACGCUUGUUCAGAAGAGGUUUCAUAGUGAAUCAGAAUAUGUCAGGACACGAGAACACAGACAGCUCAUUUACCAUUGACUCUGUGAUUGAAAACAUAUUAAAUGGAACUCUUGCAAAUCCCUACUCAACAGGCACUAUUUCCUCGUUUCACCUCUCCAUAGAAAAUCUGCCGCAGGCGGUCCAUGUGUCUGGAGAUUCUGUAUAUGGAUCCUCAUUGACUUUUGACUCCUCAGCAAAGAUGAAUGUUGGAAAUUUGAAAAACAACCAGACCUUGAGCGGUUCCCCAAAACCCUUCAAAUGCAUUAGGAACCGGCCAGCGUUGAAGAGAACCUCAAGUGUCCCAUGA